GCACAGAACGAGCGAAUCACAGUUGAAUGCAUGUUGGAUAGCAUAAUGCGGAUUAUAUGGGGAUUUAUAAAACUCUAUUUGUACAACUUAUUUUUAUUCAUGAAUAUAAACGCCACCGAUCUAAUAAACGGAGACGAGCAUCCAGAAUGGGAAACUCAAUACGGUCUGCCGUUCUUUGACAAUACAACAAGACGUGAUGUCACGGCAACGGUUGGACAAUCAGCAAAACUUCACUGUAGGGUGCGAAAUUUAGGUGAUAGAGCGGUGUCUUGGAUUCGCAAACGUGACUUGCAUAUACUUACAGUAGGCAUUUUGACCUACACGAACGACCAACGUUAUCAAUCAUUACAUGCAGAUGGAUCGGACGAGUGGACGUUAAGAAUAACAUCACCACAACCGAGGGAUUCGGGAAUUUACGAAUGUCAAGUGUCAACAGAACCAAAAAUUAGUUUAGCAUUUCGACUAAGUGUAAUUGUGUCCCGUGCCGAGAUAUUAGGAAAUAGUGAAGUUUUCAUUAAAAGUGGCAAUGACAUAAACUUAACAUGUGUUGCAUAUGAAGCUCCAUCGCCACCACUGUACAUUUACUGGUAUAAGUCGGGCAGUGUCAUCAACUAUUCACAGCGUGGGGGCAUCAGCGUUUUAACCGAGAGACAAACCAAAACUAGCAAGCUUGUUAUAGCACGUGCAAUGUCAAGUGACUCUGGGAAUUAUACAUGUACACCAAGCAACUCAGAUCCAGCAAGUGUUAUGGUGCAUGUUAUAAAUGGUGAACAUCCAGCUGCGAUGCAACAUGGAAAUAGCAGCAGCAACAGCAUCCACUCUUACCGUAACAGAAACAACAAUUUUUUAACUUUUCAUCUAUCGAAAUGGCUCUUAUCAUCGCCAACAAAAAUGCUAUCAUCAAUUCCCACGCUGCUUUUUGUGACGAUAUCAAGUGCCAUGUGCAUUAAUUUCUCCAUGAGAUGAUUUAUAGAUGGGAUUCUGUUUGGUGUCGGGAACGAUGUAAAAACAAGCGUUUGAAAAUGUUGAAUGAACAAUCAGAGGGAAAGAAAAAUAUGAAUUCAAAUUUCAUGUCAUGUGUAUUCAUAAAAAUGAAAAAUUUAAGCAUAAAAACAUCUCGAAUCUCGUUACAUGUUUUUAGUACAAGAGGAAAGAAAAAAGAAACUUUUAACAAUGUAAGCUUAAAAACUCCUUUUGGAAAAUUUAAUUUAAACUACGCUGUAACAUCAGCGAGUUAGCACAACUUUUAAGGUUCGGGAAAUAUGUUAAUUUUAUCAGUAGAAUGUUGAGGGCCUUCAUACCUUCUAUAGCAUCUCUUACUACAACAUCAAUUCAUGAUAAUGAAUUUAAUUUUUAACAUUGUACAUAAGUUUCAAAUCCCUGGAAACAUCCCCCCACUUCAUCUAUUAAGAUGACAAAUUGUUAAGGAAAUAAAAUAAAUUCUUGAAAAAAUGUCAUUUGAAUUGAUACUUAAACAUUUUUGUUGGAUGAUUAUGUAAACAAGAGAAAGAAAAUUAAUGCAAAUAAAAAUUAAUGAACAUUAAAGUGUUUGAGAAGAACAAAAUUUUUUAUCCCU